CCGCCCGCCCAGCUCUCACCACAAGUCUUUCCUUCACGCGAGCGCAAUUCUCCAAUCCAAGAGGUCUAGGAGAAGCGGCGAGCGGCGGUCAUGUCGGGAAGGGGCAAGGGCGGCAAGGGGCUCGGGAAGGGCGGCGCGAAGCGGCACAGGAAGGUGCUGCGCGACAACAUCCAGGGGAUCACGAAGCCGGCGAUCAGGAGGCUGGCGAGGAGGGGCGGCGUGAAGCGCAUCUCGGGGCUCAUCUACGAGGAGACCCGCGGCGUGCUCAAGAUCUUCCUCGAGAACGUAAUCCGCGACGCCGUCACCUACACGGAGCACGCCCGCCGCAAGACCGUCACCGCCAUGGACGUCGUCUACGCGCUCAAGCGCCAGGGCCGCACCCUCUACGGCUUCGGCGGCUAGGCUGCUACCUUGGGCCAGGCUAGGUGUCGAGGGAGUCGGGUCGGUGGUAGCUUGCGCCUCCCUCUCUUUGUUCAUGUCGUCCUUGGUGUAGUCGUAGUAGCAGCUGUCUGCUUGGUCUCCGUGCCGUGUGGUGUGGGGAUGUAAGAGCCGCUGGUUCGUUGCAAUUGGAAUGGAUGGGAUGAAUAAGGAAAAUCAGCAGUUUCUUA